AAGAGUUCUAAGGAUGGGAAAACGGGGGAAGUCGGGGCAUUUGUCCCUAAUGAUACAUGCUAUAGCAAUUUGCCUUGUAGCCACCAGUGUGGUGGCUUAUGAGCCUUAUUCCUAUAAAUCAUCUCCUCCUUUGUUGAAAUCUUCUCCCCCAUAUUAUUAUAAAUCUCCACCACCUCCAUCUUCAUCACCACCUUCACCAAUUCUCUAUACAUCUCCACCUCCUCCAAAAAAAUCCCCUCCACCAUCAUAUCAUUACACAUCUCCUACACCACCAAAGAAAUCCCCUCAUCCACUAUACCACUACAAAUCUCCUCCACCACCAAAGAAAUCCCCUCAUCUACCAUACUAUUACAAGUCUCCUCCUCCACCAUCUCCAUCACCACCACCUCCAUACCACUAUACAUCUCCACCUCCUCCAAAGAAAUCUCCUCAUCCUCCAUACCACUACACUUCACCUCCCCCACCAAAGAAAUCCCCUCAUCCAUCAUACUAUUACAAGUCUCCUCCUCCACCAUCUUCAUACCACUACACAUCUCCACCUCCUCCAAAGAAAUCUCCUCCACCACUAUACUAUUACACAUCUCCUCCACCAUCAAAGAAAUCCCCUCAUCCACUAUACCACUAUAAAUCUCCUCCAUCACCAAAGAAAUCCCCUCAUCCACCAUACUAUUACAAGUCUCCUCCACCAUCUUCAUACCACUACACAUCUCCACCUCCUCCAAAGAAAUCCCCUCAUCCACUAUACCACUAUAAAUCUCCUCCACCACCAAAGAAAUCCCCUCAUCCACCAUACUAUUACAAGUCUCCUCCUCCACCAUCUUCAUCACCACCACCUCCAUAUCACUACACAUCUCCACCUCCUCCAAAGAAAUAUCCCUCUCCUCUAUACCACCACACUUCACCUCCCCCACCAAAGAAAUCCCCUCAUCCAUCAUACUAUAAUUACAGGUCUCCUCCUCCACCAUCUUCAUCACCACCACCUUCAUACCAUUACACAUCUCCACAUCUUCCAAAGAAAUCUCCCCCUCCUACAUACCACUACACUUCACCUCCCCCGCUAAAGAAAUCUCAUCAUCCAUCACACUAUUACAAGUCACCUCCUCCACCAUCCCCAUCACCACCACCUCCAUACCACUACACAUCUCCACCUCCUCCAAAGAAAUCUCCUCCUCCUCCAAACCACUACGCCUCACCUCCACCACCUAAAAAGUCUCCCUCUCUACCAUACUAUUACAAGUCUCCUCCUCCACCAUCCCCAUCACCACCACCUCCAUAUCAAUACACAUCUCCACCUCCUCCAAAAAAAUCCCCUCUUCCUUCAUACCACUACGCCUCACCUCCACCACCUAAAAAGUCUCCCCCUUCACCGUACUAUUACAAGUCUCCUCCUCCACCAUCCUCAUCACCACCACCUCUAUACCAAUACACAUCUCCACCUCCCCCAAAGAAAUCCCCUCCUCCUCUAUACCACUACCCUCCACCUCCACCACCUAAAAAGUCUCCCCCUCCACCGUACUAUUACAAGUCUCCUCCUCCACCAUCUCCAUCACCACCACCUCCAUACCAAUACACAUCUCCACCUCCUCCAAAGAAAUCUCCUCCUCCUCCAUACCACUACGCCUCACCUCCACCACCUAAAAAGUCUCCCCCUCCACCGUACUAUUACAAGUCUCCUCCUCCACCAUCCCCGUCACCACCACCUCCAUACCAAUACACAUCUCCACCUCCUCCAAAGAAAUCCCCUCCUCCUCCAUACCACUACGCCUCACCUCCACCACCUAAAAAGUCUCCCCCUCCACCGUACUCUUACAAGUAUCCUCCUCCACCAUCCCCAUCACCACCACCUCCAUACCAAUACACAUCUCCACCUCCUCCAAAGAAAUCUCCUCCUCCUCCAUACCACUACGCCUCACCUCCACCACCUAAAAAGUCUCCCCCUCCACCAUACUAUUACAAGUCUCCUCCUCCACCAUCCCCGUCACCACCACCUCCAUACCAAUACACAUCUCCACCUCCUCCAAAAAAAUCUCCUCCUCCUCCAUACCACUACGCCUCACCUCCACCACCUAAAAAGUCUCCCCCUUCACCGUACUAUUACAAGUCUCCUCCUCCACCAUCCCCGUCACCACCACCUCCAUACCAUUACACAUCUCCACCUCCUCCAAAGAAAUCUUCACCUCCACCUUACUAUUAUAAGUCUCCACCUCCACCAUCUCCUUCACCACCACCUCAAUACCACUACACAUCUCCUCCACCUCCAAAGAAAUCUCCUCCUCCAUCAUACCACUACACAUCUCCUUCCCCUUCAAAGAAAUCUCCCCCUCUAUACUAUUACAAGUCUCCUCCUCCACCAUAUUCAUCACCACCACCUUCAUACCAAUACACAUCUCCACCUUCUCCAAAGAAAUCCCCUCCUCCUCCAUACCACUACACCUCACCUCCACCACCUAAAAAGUCUCCCCCUCCGCCGUACUAUUACAAGUCUCCUCCUCCACCAUCUUCAUCACCACCACCUUCAUACCAAUACACAUCUCCACCUUCUCCAAAGAAAUCCCCUCCUCCUCCAUACCACUACACCUCACCUCCACCACCUAAAAAGUCUCCCCCUCCGCCGUACUAUUACAAGUCUCCUCCUCUACCAUCCCCGUCACCACCACCUCCAUACCAUUACACAUCUCCACCUCCUCCAAAGAAAUCUUCACCUCCACCUUACUAUUACAAGUCUCCUCCUCCACCAUCCCAGUCACCACCACCUCCAUACCAAUACACAUCUCCACCUCCUCCAAAGAAAUCUCCUCCUCCUCCAUACCACUACGCCUCACCUCCACCACCUAAAAAGUCUCCCCCUCCACCGUACUCUUACAAGUCUCCUCCUCCACCAUCCCCCUCACCACCACCUUCAUACCAAUACACAUCUCCACCUUCUCCAAAGAAAUCCCCUCCUCUUCCAUACCACUACACCUCACCUCCACCACCUAAAAAGUCUCCCCCUCCGCCGUACUAUUACAAGUCUCCUCCUCCACCAUCCCCGUCACCACCACCUCCAUACCAUUACACAUCUCCACCUCCUCCAAAGAAAUCUUCACCUCCACCUUACUAUUAUAAGUCUCCACCUCCACCAUCUCCUUCACCACCACCUCAAUACCACUACACAUCUCCUCCACCUCCAAAGAAAUCUCCUCCUCCAUCAUACCACUACACAUCUCCUUCCCCUUCAAAGAAAUCUCCCCCUCUAUACUAUUACAAGUCUCCUCCUCCACCAUCUUCAUCACCACCACCACCAAACUAUUACACAUCACCUCCUCCUUUAGUGAAAUCUUCACCCCCUCCAUACUACUAUACAUCUCCUCCACCACCCUACUACUAUAAAUCUCCACCACCCCCAACUCACUCCCCACCUCCUCCACACAUUUAUGUAUAACCUCUACCGCUGAAACACUACUAACCUCUUCUAGGGUCAGUUUGAAAGUGUAAGACCAUGAAAUAACUUACCUUUUUUAUCUUUCUUUAUUAUUUACAAUCAAAUUUCUAGUUUCGAUUCAAUUUGGUGAAAGGGAUUUUCUCUAUAUAAUAAGGAUUGAGAAUGUGGAUCCAUAGUGAAUUCUUUUGUACAAAGAUGUGCUUGUUGUAUCGUUUCUUUAUAUCGUAUGCAAUGUAAUGGUAGUAAUUGUGUUUGAAAAGAUUAUAUUACAUUACAUUUUUUU